AUGUCUGAAGUUCAAACACGGCCUUCUGCCUCUCGAGGCAGAGUAUCCGCUCGUGGUGGUCGAGGUGGCUAUAGCUCCAGAGGUGGUCGCGGAGGCAGCAGAUCGGCCAAGGCAGACACCUCAGACCAGACCACAUUUGAAGAUGAAGGAGAGAUCGGUCAGAUGAAGAAGAAAUACUCGAACGAUCUGCCCACACUGAAGGAAUUGUUCCCUGACUGGACCGAUGAGGAUCUCGUGUUUGCUCUGGAAGAUGCCGACKGCGUGCUCGAGGAUGCUAUUGAGCGCAUUACUGAAGGCAACGUCUCACAGUGGGGUGAGGUGAAAAAGAAGACGACCGACCGCAACCGCUCCAAGGCCAAGGAGGCACAGAGCACCCCGACUGAGGCAACCACAAGUUCCGUUCGCUCAGGCCGUGGACGUGGCGGAUUUGAGGGUCGUGGACGCGCCCGUGGGGAUCGUGGUCGUGGUGGUCGCGGCGGCCGGGCUGGAGCUGUCAGUGCACGCGCCGAGAAGCCCGUUGUCACUACCACCGUGGACGUUGUGGAGACAACGAUCGUUCCCGAGAAACCGAUUGAGGUCGAAACUCCCCCUGUCGACGCCGAUACGACCGCCGACGCUGUCAAAGAGGCCCCGAAGGCCAACGUGAUGCCGGAUGGCACCAAGAAAGGUUGGGCGAGCUUGUUCGCAAAGCCUGCGCCGCCUCCGCAGAAGAAACCCGCAGUUACACCUACGCCUGCGCCUGUCCCAGCUCCCGCCCCCGCUGAACAACAACAGCCAGCCGCUGAGCCAGCAGCGGAGCAGAAAGCAGCUGAAUCUGCCCCUGCUCCUGCGCCCGCACCCGCACCUGCUCCAGCUCCCGCUGCUGCUACCGCCCCCGCUCCUGUCCCAAUCCCUGUUCCUGUUCCUAUUCCUGUCGAGAAAGGACCUGAACCUGUCCUUCCUAAGCAGCCUGCUGAAGCUCUCCCUGUUACUCCUUCCACUGCGCACAUCGCUCCUCCCAAGGAUGGUCUGACCAAGACAAACCUUGAACAACUCCCCGAUGUUUCACCUCCCGCUCCCACAGCCACUGCGGCUAGCACAGUCGGCAGCACCCUUGAUGCCAACAGCAUCGCAGCUGUCUCUACUCCCGCUCGUCAAGUUGCUCAAGCUGCCUUCCCUUCGAGCGUAUUCAAGUCCGGCGCUCGGGCCCCCGGAUCGCAGCGUCGUGUCAUGGAACAGCAAGAAGCUGUGGUCAUGCCUGGAAACCACGCCGUUGAUCGUGCGGCUGUGCAGUUUGGCAGCAUGGGACUGAACGGCGAUGUUGCCGAUGUCGAUAUUGACGAGAACAGAGAAAACGCUGAAACCCGUGCUCAGCCCCCUCAACACUCUCCCGUCGCUCCUCGUGCCUCUCUACCUCCUUCCACUCAGGCCCAGCCGUCCACCGAGACUCCUACCGUUUCCCGUCCGGCUCCCGGACUUCCUCCUGUCCCACAAGUCUCCGCUGCCGAUUCCUCUUUCACAGAUUUUGCCCGCUACACCGAGGCCCAGAAGCCUUACGAUCCGUUUUCUCAGCAGGUCACCCAGCCUCAACCGCAAGUGCAGGAGCCAUUCGCAAACCAGGCCCCCGUCCAGCCCACUGUCACAUCCGGCAGCGAAUACUCUCCUUUCUACGCUGUUGACCAGCGCCUCCCUUACAACUACUAUGGCACUUAUGGCCAGUCCCAGGAUGCCUCUGUGGCUCAAAGGGCGGCGGCUGGUUUCGGUGUCUCCGGCGCUGAGGUGCAGCCCCAAGCUCCCACCACUCAGCCUCCCAGCCGCUAUGGCCAUGUCGAUGCUCCUAGCAGCGGUCACAACACCCCGAACCCAACUCUCCCCGCCGCUACUCAAACUCCAACUGCGCAGCACAUGCCUGGUCAAGCUGCCGCUCAUGCGUACGGUUACGGAUACCCUUACUACUCCAACCCUCACUAUGCUUCGUACAUGAGCCAGAUGACUCAGCAACAGUACGGAAGAAACCGACCCAUGUACGACGAUGCUCGCCGCUAUGAUGACCAACACUACAUGCCGCACAACACUCAGUAUGGAUAUGGCAAUCAGUAUGGCCCAUAUGGCAAGGCUGGUAUGUAUGGCCAGCCGCACGGUUUCUCCUACGACCACUCCUCCUCGCCUGCUACCGCGGGUAGCUUCAACCAAUCUGCUCCCGGCCGUGACUCUGUCUAUGGCCGCACUGGAUCCACGCAGCCUUCUGAGACCCAGCAGACCGCCGCUGGCACCAACGCCUUUGGCGCGGGCAUGUCGGAUGUUUUUGGCCGCACACAGGCUGGUUUCGGCCAAAACCAACCCAUCUCCCAGCAGCCUCCGGUGAGCUCGGAGGAGACGAAGAGCUUCGAGACACCUAAGGCGGCCGGGCCCAGUCCCUCCCUUGCGCAGGCCAACCGCCCUGGCUCUGCCACUAACAGUGUGCCCGGACAGCCUCAAGCGCAGACUGGCCUUCCCCCUCUUCAAGGCCAGCAGGGACAGCAGGGAUUCGGUGGAUACCCUCAUCUGAACCCCCAGUACGGCAGUGGACUGGGUGGACUUGGCGGACACCAAGCUGGUGCCACAGGCCAGACACACCACCAGGCUACCGGUUACGGUAACUACGGAGGCGCCGGUUUCGCUAACUAUUACGGAAAUACUGGACGCGGUGGCUGGGGAGGCAAUUACGGCCAUUAA